AAAGAUCAGAGGUGUUUGGGGCUCCCAAGAGUGACCCCUAGUGUCACUACAUCAACACAACGUCGAGUGAGUGACAGACAGGGAACAGAAUAAUAAGAACACUAACGAUUACAAUAUCGUAAUAAAAAUGAGGUCUAAUAGAUUGUAGCUAAUUUAUUUUAUAUGAAGCUGUAACAUUUUUGUCAAAAUAUCACAGUUACUGUAACUACUGUAAAAUUGUGAUACAUUUUAGUAAGGAUGAUGAUGUUUAGCCUAAUUUGAAAAACCUUUAUUUUAGCGCAUAGCACAGUGUUGCUGUUUUCCUCCUCAGUGCUGUUUGGCAUGUUGGGGCUGUCUACUGUUUGAGGUGUUUAGCUUCCUCCAUAGUGCUUUAAACUAGAAAAUUCUCUCUAGAAUUCAAAUGGGUCGCAUCAGUUUUGUGGUCUGCGGCACAAUAUCAAGGGAAGUCGGAACGCUCGAUACGUGCGCUCCAGAGUUAUCAGUAGGCUUUAAUCGCACCAUGAAAAUACCGCGCCAAAACUGAGAUUAUCAUUAAGGCAGCCUGAAAUUUCGCUUGGGCGGCUGCCGAAAAUUUUUCAGUGGAGGGAUAACCAUGGCAUUGUUCUUUCCCUGCUUAUGAACCAUGUGAAAUUUCAGCAGCAGCGCUCAUAAUUUAGCAGUGGCAGUGUGCUGCUGAAUGCAUAUAUAGGGGAAACACUGAAUUUUCCUGCUAACUAAACUUGUUUUACAUUCUUUGCACAUGACAACGGAAGGGUUUAUUGUAAAAUUCUGCUGUCUGUUGAAUAAACUCUUUCAAAGAUCUUACUCCAAAAAUGCAUGCUUGACACUGACCAAAAAAUAGCAAAUUUGGACUCAAUCUUAUAUUCAGCAAAUAUAUAUGUCAGCAAAGUGCUCUUUAAUAGAAACUUUUAAAAGAAUUACAACUUUUAAAUGAAAUGUCAUGGGUCAACAGAGGUUAAACGACUUCCCCAUCUUUAUAGAUGAAAAUUAACUCUUGCAUGAACUGCCAUAUCUCGGCAGGAAGGUCACUUAUUUCUUUUCCAUUGAGCUUCAUUGGUGUGUCAAUCUGAUUGAAUUCCAAUGCGCUUUGAUUGUCUGUACUUAAAGGUCAAUGUUCAGUUGAUUGAAUUGUAGGAUUUUGCUGUUCAGGUGUUGCUGAUUUGACUUGUAGUAAACCUCAAUAAUUGUGCAGUAUUCAUUAUAAUUAAUUUGGGAUUAGUUGUUCAUGUGGGAGAUAAUCCAAUAAGGCCAACCAGUGUUUUUAAUUCAUUUUUGCUUGAUAUAAAUAGACUUGGAAUGUUUGCGUGUGCCCUCAUUAUGUUUACAUGCACAAAUUUUUGUAAAUCCGAAUAAAUUCAGUCCGAUUGCUGAUUCCGAAUGUACUGUUUAUAUGUCACCUAAAUUUUGCAAUCCGAUACAAAUAUCCGUUUACAUGUGCAUUACAUGUAUUCCGAACAAAACUUCUGUGUGUGUGAAGAGCGUCAGUCGUUGCGUUCUGGAGAAGCAGAGAAAGGAUAAGAAAGUGAGAAUGGCACCAAAAGCUGUAAUUAGCAUUUUUGCUAUGUUGAGAUAUCUAAAAAAUAUGCCAGAAAAGCUUUCUUCUUAUGUUACUCACUCUACUUGGCAAACGAAGAAUUAGAAGCAGCGUCUAAUGUUGUAACGUUGAUGGGAAGGACGAGACGAGAGAGUGUGGACCCCCCCCCCCAAAAAAAAGGGGCGGGUCCUGAAGCCCAAAAUUAAGAGGAUGACACCGAAGGCCAGGGAGGAGCCAGUGGACGAUCAGGAGGCCUGGGAGGGGCCACAAGUCAGGGACAGGGUCAGGAGGCCUGGGAGGCGGCCACAGGGUAGGGACAGGGUCAGGAGGCCUGGGAGGCGGCCACAGAGCCACAGUUGGUUCAGGAGACAGAGCUAAAGAUGGAGCGGGCAGAGCCGAAGGAGGAACAGGGAAUUGAGUUCCAGGAGGAGGGUCCGGAGGUGGAGCGGGUGGAGCCACAGGAGGAGCAGGGAAUUGAGUUCCAGGAGGAGGAUCCAGAGGCGGAGCGGGCAGAGCUGCAGGAGGAGCACAGGUUUGUGUUUCAGGAGGAAGAUCCGGAGGCGGAGCGGGCAGAGCCACAGGAGAAAGAGGCUCUGGGAUAGUGGAUGGAACCACUGGAGGAGUUGUCUUUGGAAGAGCGGAUGGAAGAAAUGCUUUAAAUAUGGUUUUGACAUCAGGAAGGGUGGACGUCAAUUCACACUUCUUUGAACUCUCUCAAAACCUGUCAGCAACAGCUUUGAAGAACUCUUUGAAUAUGAUCAAACAUUCUAACGACAAUGGGCUACUGAUAUAGGCAACAUUACUUAUGCUGUUUCAUAAUGGUCAAGGGGCAGAGACUCCCAGUGCCUCACAGAAGCUGCCAAUUCCAACUCCCAGCGGCAGACCAUCUCCAGCUCCCCCACUGGUCCCCGCUGCCACCCAACCUGUCCCCAGCACCUUCCUCACCCCCCAACCUCAACCUCAGUCGCAGUCAGUACCAGGCCAGCCCUCACUCAUCAUACAGCUCCAGCAGAAACAGAACCGCAUCACCCCUAUUCAGAAACCUCAGGGUCUGGACCCUGUGGAACUCUUACAAGAGAGGGAGCACCGGCUCCAGGCCAGGAUUGCUCACAGAAUUCAGGAGCUGGAAAAUCUUCCAGGGUCAUUGCCACCUGAUCUACGGACAAAAGCUACCGUGGAACUAAAGGCCUUAAGAUUACUCAACUUCCAGCGGCAGCUAAGGCUGGAUGUUGUAGCCUGCAUGCGCAGGGACACAGCUGUGGAGACGGCACUAAACUCCAAGGCUUACAAACGUAGCAAGAGACAGACACUGAGAGAAGCUCGCAUGACAGAGAAAUUAGAGAAGCAACAGAAGAUCGAACAGGAGAGGAAGCGCAGACAGAAACACCAGGAGUAUCUUAACAGCAUCCUGCAGCAUGCAAAGGAUUUCAAAGAGUAUCACAGGUCCAUCUCUGGAAAAAUCCAGAAGCUGUCCAAGGCCAUCGCCACCUGGCACACCAACACAGAAAGAGAGCAGAAGAAGGAGACAGAACGCAUUGAGAAAGAGAGGAUGAGGAGACUGAUGGCUGAGGAUGAAGAAGGUUACAGGAAGCUGAUUGACCAGAAAAAGGACAAGCGUUUGGCUUACCUCCUUCAACAGACAGACGAAUACGUGGCCAACCUGACUGAACUUGUCUAUGAGCACAAGGCCGCUCAGGCUGCCAAGGAGAAGAAGAGGAAGAGAAAAAAGAAGAAGGAAGCUGGUGAUGUCGAAGGAAUGGGAGCUAUCGGGCCCGAUGGAGAGCCCAUAGACGAAAGCAGCCAGAUGAGUGAGCUGCCAGUCAAAGUUAUUCAGACUGAGACUGGGAAAGUGCUACAGGGGACUGAUGCCCCCAAGUCCAGUCAGUUAGAGGCCUGGCUUGAGAUGAACCCUGGCUAUGAAGUUGCUCCACGGUCAGACAGCGAAGAGAGUGGCUCAGAAUUUGAAGAGGAGGAUGAAGAAGAGGUGGUCUCGAGAGCUGAAUCAGAAGAAAAGAAAGUCAUCGACCCCAACAGUGAUGAAGUGUCGGAAACAGCAGCCAAGCACAUCAUAGAGUCCGCUAAGCAGGAUGUGGAUGAUGAGUACAGUGUUCAGGCAGGCCAGACCAGCUCCCAGUCUUACUAUGGAGUAGCCCAUGCGGUCAUAGAGAAAGUGGAGAAACAGUCCACCCUCCUGAUCAAUGGAACACUCAAGCAGUACCAGAUCCAAGGGCUUGAAUGGAUGGUGUCUCUAUACAACAACAACCUGAAUGGUAUUCUGGCAGAUGAGAUGGGUCUGGGCAAGACCAUUCAAACUAUCGGCCUUAUCACAUAUCUGAUGGAACACAAGCGGCUCAAUGGGCCAUACCUCAUCAUUGUACCACUCUCGACUUUGUCCAACUGGGUUUAUGAGCUGGACAAGUGGGCACCAAGUAUUGUGAAAAUUGCCUACAAGGGCACACCAUCAAUGCGGAGGUCUUUGGUGCCGCAGCUCCGUAGUGGGAAGUUCAAUGUUCUUCUUACCACGUAUGAGUACAUCAUCAAAGAUAAGCACAUUCUCGCCAAGAUUCGCUGGAAGUACAUGAUUGUGGAUGAAGGCCACCGCAUGAAGAACCAUCACUGCAAGCUCACGCAGGUGUUGAACACUCACUACGUCGCUCCAAGGAGGCUGUUGCUCACUGGGACCCCACUGCAGAAUAAGCUACCUGAGCUCUGGGCCCUGCUCAACUUCCUCUUGCCCACCAUCUUCAAAAGCUGCAGCACCUUUGAGCAGUGGUUUAAUGCUCCCUUUGCUAUGACAGGAGAGAGGGUGGAUCUAAAUGAAGAGGAGACCAUCCUUAUCAUUCGUCGUUUGCAUAAGGUAUUGCGUCCCUUCCUGCUGCGCAGACUGAAAAAAGAGGUAGAGUCUCAGUUGCCUGAGAAGGUGGAGUAUGUCAUCAAAUGUGACAUGUCAGCAAUUCAGAAGGUGCUUUACAGGCACAUGCAGGGCAAAGGCAUCCUGCUUACUGACGGCUCAGAGAAAGACAAGAAGGGUAAAGGAGGAGCCAAGACCUUAAUGAACACCAUCAUGCAGCUGAAGAAGAUCUGUAAUCAUCCCUACAUGUUUCCGCACAUCGAGGAAUCCUUUGCUGAGCACUUGGAGUAUCCAAAUGGCAUUAUCAGUGGCGCUGACCUGUAUCGUGCCUCGGGCAAGUUUGAGUUACUGGACCGGAUCCUGCCCAAGCUAAAGGCCACCAAUCAUCGAGUGCUUCUCUUCUGUCAGAUGACCUCCCUCAUGACCAUCAUGGAGGAUUAUUUUGCCUACCGUAACUUCCUCUAUCUGCGUCUGGAUGGAUCCACAAAGUCUGAGGACCGAGCAAUGCUUUUAAAGAAAUUCAAUGAUGAAGGCUCACAGUAUUUCAUCUUCCUACUGAGCACCAGGGCAGGAGGUCUUGGCCUAAACUUGCAGGCAGCAGACACCGUUGUGAUCUUUGACAGCGACUGGAACCCCCACCAGGACUUGCAGGCCCAGGACCGAGCCCACCGUAUCGGCCAGCAGAACGAAGUACGUGUACUGCGGCUUUGUACCGUGAACAGCGUGGAGGAGAAGAUUCUAGCAGCGGCCAAGUAUAAACUGAAUGUGGAUCAGAAGGUCAUUCAGGCAGGCAUGUUUGAUCAGAAGUCCUCCAGCCAUGAGCGCAGAGCCUUCCUGCAAGCUAUUCUGGAGCAUGAGGAACAGAAUGAGGAGGAAGAUGAAGUUCCAGAUGAUGAAACUCUCAAUCAAAUGAUUGCCCGUAAUGAGGAUGAAUUUGAGCUCUUCAUGCGCAUGGAUUUAGACCGUCGUCGAGAGGACGCACGCAACCCAAAGCGUAAACCUCGGCUAAUGGAAGAGGAUGAGUUGCCAUCAUGGAUCCUGAAAGAUGAUACAGAGGUGGAGCGACUCACCUGUGAGGAAGAAAAAAUCUUCGGACGAGGAUCUCGUCAUCGCAGAGAUGUUGACUACGGCGACACAUUGACAGAGAAGCAGUGGCUAAGGGCCAUAGAAGAUGGCAACCUUGAGGAAAUUGAGGAGGAGAUACGCCUGAAGAAGCGCAAGCGUCGGAGACAUGUGGACAAAGACAGAAGACGUGAGGAUGUAGAGAAGGCCAAGAAAAGGAGAGGACGCCCUCCAGCAGAGAAGCUCUCCCCAAACCCACUCAAACUCACAAAACAGAUGAAUGUCAUCAUCGAUACUGUGAUCAAUUACAGAGACGUAUCAGGCCGUCAGCUCAGUGAGGUCUUUGUGCAGCUGCCCUCCAGGAAAGAGCUCCCUGAAUACUAUGAGCUGAUAAAGAAGCCAGUGGACUUCAAGAAGAUUAAGGAGCGUGUGCGUAGCCACAAGUACAGAAGUGUGAGCGAUCUGGAGAAAGACGUCAUGCUUCUUUGUCACAAUGCUCAGACUUACAAUCUGGAGGGCUCUCAGAUCUAUGAGGACUCCAUUGUUCUCCAGUCAGUAUUCAAGAGUGCCAGACAAAAGAUUGCUAAGGAAGAAAGCGAAGAUGACAGCGACGAGGAUGACGAUGACGAGGAAGAAUCAGAGGCAGAGUUCCAAGCUAAGUCAGUGAGGGUGAAAAUUAGGCUGAGCAAACGGGAGGAGAGACGUCAGGACAAAGGCAAGAAGAGACGGAGCCGUGGAAAGGCUAAGCCCAUGGUCAGCGAUGAUGACAGCGAGGAAGACCAGGAGGAGAACGAGCAGUCAGAGGGGAGCCACAGUGACGAUGAGUGAGGAGUCAAGCUGAUGUUCAGCAUUCCUUUCACAUGUUUAUAUCCUUUACCUUUCCGCUGUCAUCCAACUGAAUUAUUCUGUACUUCACCUAAGGCUUGUUAUAAGAGUGAUUGUUUUUGUGUCUUUUAUUUUAUUGUAUGGAUACACAUUUUGUCUUGUUUUGCUGUCACACAUUUUUGAAUGCAGUCAACUAAGAACGAAUCUACAGUGAGAAAACAUAUUUUUUGAAAACCAGUGGCUGAAUUUUGCACCUUUAGAAUAUUACUUAGUCAUUCUGAAAUUUCAUUACACACAGUUAUGAAUUUUAGGAAUGACUUCUGUGUGCUUGUACUGUAUAUAAUUAACAUUUAUGAAAUGUUUUAAAAAAGCAAGCAAAAUAUGUUUGAUUAAAACCAACCAAAGAACUUAAUUUAUAAGCUUUUAAAGCCUUUAUUUUAAACUGAACAUUGCAGAGACUUAAGGUUAAACCAGGCGUUUAUGAUUUAUUUGCAAAGCAUAUCUUCAAGACUUCAAGUGUUACUUAAAGUGAAGUCCUCAUUACAUGAGCAUUUUGUAUCGGCUUUAAUAAACCACAUACUUUAUUGAUGUCUGUAUUGUAUUGCAUGCUGCACAAAAGACAGAAGGGAUUACGAAUGUGUUUGAGAACAGACUGCUGAUCAGCCCUAUACUGUUUCAGUGAUACGUGAAAGGAUUUAGCAAGCAUUGUACGAUAUCUGCAGACAUGACAAACUCUUCGCAAUCUGACCUCCCACUGGUUACAAGGACAAAUGCAGACUGAAUUGUUGCAAUGUUAUUUACCUCGCUUCUCAAAAUUGUUGUGCUUCAUAUUUACAACUGAGAUGAGUGUUACUCACGUGGAUUCUGCAACCAAUAUUUUACAGCAAAUUGUAUGUCGGACUAUAAACCAGCUCUAAAUUGCUGUCGUUGCCUAAAUUGAUAUUUUUCUAUUUUCUUUUUUUAUAAAGAAAUGGUGUUAUUAAGGAGUGAGAUUUUUUUUUAUCAUUCUUUGCCCUUCUUAUGUAUUGAUAGAAAUACAUAUUUUAUUUUGUUUUAUUUUAUCAUUGAGUGAUAUUGCUUUAGCAUUUACUCAUCAAUACACUUGCUUCAUUGACAGUGAGAACUCUUUUUGGUCUAUUCUCCUGUGUGUCAUUGGUCAUUUCUAGCAUCUCUUUAUGUGCAUUGUGCUUGAAAACUAUUCUAAAGUGUCAUAAUCUUUGCUCUUCUUGCACACUUGUCUUUGUGGUUGUAACUCAUAGCCCAAAAUAAAUAAAUAUCACCAGUGGUGAACCUUCUCUU